AGAGAAGGCGGUUCACCUCGCGACAAAGCUGGAUACAAGAAGAUCGAGUUGUGCGGCAAACAAGCUACUAGAGAUGGCUUACAGUACUUCUGGAUGGACAGCUGUUGUAUUAAAAAGUCUAGCGAUGCUGAGUUUCCGAGUCACUCAACCCCAUGUUUCAUUGGUACCAACGCGCCAAGGUGUGCUACGUGUACCUAUGCAACGACGGGUUGAGACCUUCGGGGGAAACGUGGGAAGAUGCCUUUCGAAACAGUAGGUGGUUCACUCGGGGUUGGACGCUUCAGGAGCUCCUUGCGCUGGCAUCAGUGCAAAUCUUCUCCUAA